AUGAAACAUUCAGCAAAGAUGCUGUACUGUGCCUUAAACGGGUUCAAGAGCGGCGAUGUGGCCGGUCCGGAGGCGAACCAUGCUGUUGUUGAUGAUGACGGAUUGAACAGCACCGAAGGUUACGACUGUGACAUCUGCGGUAGACAUUAUGCUGCUGAAAAGACAUUCCGAAGGCACCGUAUCCGCCACAAAACGAUUCAUUUGUACAAAUGUCUGGUAUGCAAAAAACCUUUCCCCAGCAGGGAUGAACUGAAACAACACAAAACAACUCACGCCGGCGAACCUAAGCUGCAGUGCGAAAUUUGUAAAAAGUUUUACACGAAUCAGUUCUACCUAACCCGUCAUAUCGGUACUCACUGCGAGCAAAAGCAGAAGGACGUUUGCGAAUUCUGUGGCAAGGUUUGCCAGUCGAAAACCGUUCUCAAGAAUCACCGGAGAAUGCACACCGGCGAGCGACCGUUCGCUUGCGAUAUAUGCAGCAAAACUUUUGCUAGAAUUGACGGUCUAAAUGUUCAUAAGGCGACUCAUUCCGUCGUGAAAUUCUUUAAAUGUGAGUUUUGUGAUAAGAAUUUUCCUUCGAAAUCUCAGCUGACGAGACACCAGAAAUCGCAUAGUACAGAGCUUCCCCACAAGUGCCCAGUUUGUGGAAAAUGCUUCCGACUGGCUCAUAUGCUCGUCUAUCAUAUGCAUUAUCAUUCGGAAAAGCGUCUCUUUAAAUGUGACAUCUGCGGUUUGUCGUACAAAUCAUCUACAAAUUUGAUUUGUCACCGAAAAAUCCAUACGAACCCGAUCGAUAAAAUCCAAUACAAAUGUGACAUUUGUGGUGCCGAGUUCACCCGGAAGAGUAACCUAUUGCCUCACCGCAAACUACACUCGGACGAACGUCUCUUCAGAUGCAACCAUUGCCAGGAGGAAUUCGCUUCUCGGGAGAACUUGCGAGCGCACCGCCAACGGUGUUCCCGUAGCGAGAGACGCUACAAGUGCACGGAGUGCGACAAAGCGUUCCUCUACGGAGCGAAUCUACGCGAGCAUCUGAUGUGGCAUCGGGGUGAAAAACCCUAUCCCUGCGCUAUCUGUGGAAAAGCGUUCGUCCGGUGCAACAACCUGAACCGGUGUGCUUGGUAUCGCGAAACCGGAACCGAGGCGGUCCGAUCAGAGUCAGCUCCAGAAUACAAAGUCUGGAAACGCUGCGGCCAGCUUCUAAACCGGCUGGUAUUGGCAGUCCACCAGCAGGACUUCAAAGGCCAUUUGGAACGCUCGAUCGGUUUCUGCUACCUGUGGUUGGCUUUUACAAGUAUCGUCAAUAGCCCCUUGUCCGCUGGAUUCCGCGAGCUGAAAAGCGCUGGUUUGAUGACAGCCUGCUGUGAUGAUGGUAAGAAGAGUAGCACGAUCUGUAAGCCAGACUUCAGCUGUGACAUUUGCGGUAGUAAAUAUAAACACAGCCGAUCGUUAUGGAGGCAUCUCAGCACUCACGUUGUGGAGAAAACGUCGAAUCAGAAUACGAGCAACAACAGUCCACCAGUGAAGCAGCAGUGUGACAUUUGUGGAAAGUCUCUUACUGCCAAAAACAUGGCGCGACACAAAAGAUCGCACAGCAACAACAAAGCACCGUUCAAAUAUGAAAUGUUUGCGACGGGAAUAGAGCAAUCCAAAGAUGAAAUAUGUGAUCCAAAAACAAACAGUGCGGAACAUCGAUACAAAUGUUCAGUUUGUGAAAAAACGUUCUUGGGUCAACAGCCGCUGGCAAGGCACAUGAGCCAUCACAGCGAUGAGCGACCAUUUACGUGCGACAUCUGUGGCUCAACGUAUAAGCUAGCUUCUGCUCUAGUUGCUCACAAAAAAAUCCACACGUACCUCGAGGAAAAACCCUUCCAAUGUAAUGUGUGCGGCGCAAAAUAUACCUACAAGUGCAACCUAAAGUUUCACAUGAGGCUGCACUCCGAGGAAGAAGGAGCUUUAAAAUGCUUGAAAUGUGGAACGGAACUUGCCGCGCAGGAAAAUUCGGCAGAGCACGUGUGCAAAGAGCGACCGUUCAAGUGUACGGUAUGUGGGAAGGCUUUUCUGUCCGCGGAAAAUCUUCACGGCCACCGAAAGGUACACAGCGGCGACCAACCGCACCAAUGUUCGAUCUGCGAUCGAAGCUUCCGGUGGCGCUACAAUCUGAACAAGCACAUGAAAGAAGUGCACACCGAGAAACCGUACCGGUGCCACGCGCAAGGCGACUGGCAGCAGCAGCAGCAGCAGCAGCAGCAGCGCUGGGAGGAGAAGUGUUGCCUGACGAUGGAAAGGUUCCGACAGCGGAUUUGGUUCGAGAUUGCUGAAAUACGUUGCUGUUCCGGUUUAUGCUUCUGUGACGAUUCGAUGACGGUGGCCUGCUGCGAUGGCGAUGACGAUGAUGAACAAAUUGACAAGAUUUGUAAACCACAGUUCAGUUGUGACAUUUGCGGUAAUACGUACAAACAACGCAAAUCGUUACGCAGACAUUACGACAUUCACUCUACGGGGAAAAUGUCUGAUCCGAACAAAAGUAAACCACUGAAGCAGUGUGACAUUUGCGGAAAGUUAGUUUCUAAACAGGGCUUUUCGAGGCACAAACAAUCCCACACCAGCGAACGCGCGUUUGAGUGUGAGAUUUGCAGCAAAACUUUCUACCGGAUCGGCAACUUGCGGAUCCACAGGAUGAUCCACACGGCGAAAAGGCAGUUCAAUUGUGAGAUAUGUGACAAAAAAUUUUUCAAAAUGUUUCAUUUAGUUCGACAUAUGGAAACGCACGAUCCGCAAAAACGAUUCAAAUGUGAAAUAUGCGGUAAAGAUUAUUCCCGAAAGGAACAUUUAGAGCGCCAUGUAAGAACGCACAAUCCGGAAGAACAAAUCAAAUGUGCACUAUGUGACAAACAAUACACCAGAAGAGAACAUUUGAUGCAACAUAUAGGAAAGCACGAUCCGAACUUGCAGAAAAGCGAUGAGCGACCAUUUUCGUGCGACAUCUGCGGUUUAUCGUAUAACUUAGCUUCUAUUCUAAGUAUUCACAAGCAGAUGCACACGUACCUGGAGGAAAAACCAUUCAAAUGUAAUGAUUGUGAUGCAAAAUAUACGUACGAGGGCGACUUAGAGUCUCACAUGCAGCUACACUCCGAGAAGCGAUGUUCGAAAUGUGAGAUGCAGUUUGCCUCUCGAAAAGCACUCGGUAAGCACGUGUGCAAAGAUCGGCCAUUCAAAUGUACGAUGUGUGAUAAAACGUUUAUGUUUGCGCAACAUCUUCGAAACCAUCGGUACAAGGUACACAACAGUAGGGAUAACAAACCGCCGCCGCCGCCUCCGCCCGAUCGCUGUUCGAUCUGCGAUCGAACUUUCCAGUGGCCGAGUUCUCUUGCUAAUCAUAUGAAAGGGCACAUCGGUGAACCGGCCAUUCAAGGGCAAAUUGUGCGGCGCUCCAAAAGGGUCCAGCAGAAGGUGCGGCAGCAACCGAAGCGGAAACAAAGCAAAAAGUCAAAGCAAUUGUCAUGGGGCGAUGAGAAGGAUGAUUAUUAUUAUUAUUGA